AUGCCUCCACGUCCCAAGCAAGCGAGUCAGUCUCAUAGAGUUGUGUGUGUUUGUAAAGCUUAUGAAUGUUGUGAUCAAGUUUACACAGACGCCAGUGGCAUCUGUCACUCCGGCGUUGAACUAUUACCUCAAACACGACUGGCACACGAACGUGCCGACUUUCGAAAUAAUCUAGUCACGCCCUCUCAAUCACCGCAGAACUCCACUCAACCCUCAAUUUCUUCAGCUCAAGAAGCCCUCCUGUCUCCAUUAAGAAGAUUACAUAUCGAUACAACACCAUCACCAAGCCACCGUCAUCAGUCCAGGCAAAAUCGACCGGUCCAGAAUGAAAGCUCUAGUAACUAUGAUGAGAACUGCCUCGCCGAAGAGCACUCCACCCUGCCCACCCAGGCGGCUUCAUCAACAGCAUUACCCGCUGAUCAAGAAACCCCUGAAGCUUAUCACUCACCUACUAAAAUUUGCUCAGGAGCUGUCUUAGCCAAAGCAUCGGGUCAACAUAUUUAUGACUGUGAUCAUUUCCAUACUUUUGAAUUAAAAUCAGCAAACCCUUUGAUUCUUCAUGUUGCUCUCACAGCGUCCAUUCUCGACAUUUUCGGCCAAUCUUCCAAUUCGAUUACCAAAUGGAUGCUGGAUGUUCAGACUAUCACCAUCGAACUCUCAACCACUCACGGUAUAUUACCUACUAAUUCUGACAUCCGAAAGCUUUUGCCAGAAGAGGCCAGCACGUUGAAGAAGAUACCCAAGUCUGUUGAGACUGCCUUUCAAUGGUUGAAUUUCUUGCUUUGCAAUGUACCCGGAAAGCUGUACACCAUCCGUAUGUCAGCACCUUGUCGCCAACAUUCCAGGUGGACCUACUGA